CCCUCCCCGCCGGCGCCCCGCGCCCCGCGCCCCGCGCCCCCCGCCCCCCCGCCGCGCCGCGCCGCGCCGCGCCUCCCUCCGCCGCGCCUUCCCCCAUUCUCCCGGAUUAAUUAAGGAGGCAGCGGCAGGAGGCUGAGUCCUGGCCGCGGGCCGGGGCCGGGGCGCCGCUGGCAGGAGCGCUUGGGGAUCCUCCAAGGUGACCAUGGCCUUGUUGGGGAAGCGCUGCGACAUUCCCACCAACGGCUGCGGGCCCGACCGCUGGAGCUCGGCCUUUACCCGCAAGGACGAGAUCAUCACCAGCCUCGUGUCCGCGUUAGAUUCCAUGUGCUCAGCGCUGUCCAAGCUGAAUGCAGAGGUGGCCUGUGUCGCCGUGCACGAUGAGAGCGCCUUCGUGGUGGGCACCGAGAAGGGGAGAAUGUUCCUGAACGCACGGAAGGAGCUGCAGUCCGAUUUCCUCAGGUUCUGCCGCGGGGCCCCCUGGAAGGAGCCGGAGGCAGAGCAGCCCAAGAAGGUGUCGCGGGGCGAGGGUGGCGGCCGGAGCAUCCCUCGGGCUUCCCUGGAGCAUGGCUCGGACGUGUACCUUCUGCGCAAGAUGGUAGAGGAGGUGUUUGAUGUUCUUUAUAGCGAGGCCCUGGGAAGGGCCAGCGUGGUACCCCUGCCCUAUGAGAGGCUGCUCAGGGAGCCAGGGCUGCUGGCCGUGCAGGGGCUGCCCGAGGGCCUGGCCUUCCGGAGGCCAGCCGACUACGACCCCAAGGCCCUCAUGGCCAUCCUGGAGCACAGCCACCGGAUCCGCUUCAAGCUCAAGAGGCCGCUCGAGGAUGGCGGACGGGACUCGAAGGCCCUCGUGGAGCUGAACGGUGUCUCCCUGAUAGCCAAGGGGUCUCGGGACUGCGGCCUGCACGGCCAAGCCCCCAAGGGGCCACCCCAGGACCUUCCCCCCACCGCCACCUCCUCUGUGGCCAGCUUCCUGUAUAGCCCCGCACUCCCUAACCACACCACCAGAGAGCUCAAGCAGGAGGCGCCCGCCUGCCCACUUGCCCCCAGCGACCUGGGCCUUGGCCGGACUGGGCCUGAGCCCAAGGCCUCUGGGGCCCAGGACUUCCCCGACUGCUGUGGACAGAAGCCCCCUGGGCCUGGUGGUCCUCUCAUCCAGAACGUCCAUGCCUCGAAGCGCAUCCUCUUCUCCAUCGUCCAUGACAAGUCAGAGAAGUGGGACGCCUUCAUAAAGGAAACCGAGGACAUCAACACGCUCCGGGAGUGCGUGCAGAUCCUGUUCAACAGCAGAUAUGCGGAAGCCCUGGGCCUGGACCACAUGGUCCCCGUCCCCUACAGGAAGAUCGCUUGCGACCCGGAGGCUGUGGAGAUCGUGGGGAUCCCGGACAAGAUCCCCUUCAAGCGCCCCUGCACCUACGGGGUCCCCAAGCUGAAGCGGAUCCUGGAGGAGCGACACAGCAUCCACUUCGUCAUUAAGAGGAUGUUUGAUGAGCGAAUUUUCACAGGGAAUAAGUUUACCAAAGACCCCACGAAGCUGGAGCCAGCCAGCCCCCCAGAGGAUACCUCUGCAGAGAUCUCGCGUGCUGCUGUCCUCGAGCUGCCCGGGACUGCUCGGUCAGACAAGAAUGGUGUCUCUGAAGACUGUGGGCCAGGAACUUCUGGGGAGCUGAGUGGGCUGAGGCCCAUUAAAAUUGAGCCAGAGGAUCUAGAUAUUAUUCAGGUCACCGUCCCAGACCCUUCGCCCACCUCUGAGGAGAUGACAGACUCAAUGCCUGGGCAUCUGCCCUCAGAAGAUUCUGGUUAUGGGAUGGAGAUGCUGACUGGGCUCGGGAGACAAUGCCCGUGGCUUCCUGGCAUCCUCUGUUCUCUUUCAGAGAAAGGCCCCGGCGAGGACCCGCGGCCCGAGGAGAGGCCUGUGGAGGACAGCCAUGGUGACGUGAUCCGGCCCUUACGGAAGCAGGUGGAACUGCUUUUCAACACGCGAUACGCCAAGGCCAUUGGCAUCUCGGAGCCCGUCAAGGUGCCCUACUCCAAGUUCCUGAUGCACCCCGAGGAGCUGUUUGUGGUGGGGCUGCCUGAAGGCAUCUCCCUCCGUAGGCCCAACUGCUUCGGGGUCGCCAAGCUCCGGAAGAUCCUGGAGGCAAGCAACAGCAUCCAGUUCGUCAUCAAGAGGCCUGAGCUGCUCACCGAGGGAGUCAAAGAGCCCAUCACGGACAGCCAAGAGAGGGAUUCCGGGGACCCUCUUGUGGACGAAAGCCUGAAGAGACAGGGUUUUCAAGAAAAUUAUGACGCUCGACUGUCACGCAUCGACAUCGCCAACACACUGAGGGAGCAAGUCCAGGAUCUGUUCAAUAAGAAAUACGGAGAAGCCCUGGGCAUCAAGUACCCCGUCCAGGUCCCCUACAAGCGGAUCAAGAGUAACCCUGGCUCGGUGAUCAUCGAGGGGCUCCCCCCGGGAAUCCCGUUUCGAAAGCCCUGCACCUUUGGCUCCCAGAACCUGGAGAGGAUCCUCGCCGUGGCUGACAAGAUCAAGUUCACGGUCACCAGGCCUUUUCAAGGACUCAUCCCAAAGCCUGAUGAAGAUGAUGCCAACAGACUUGGGGAGAAGGUGAUCCUCCGCGAGCAGGUGAAGGAGCUCUUCAACGAGAAAUACGGCGAGGCCCUGGGCCUGAACCGGCCUGUGCUGGUCCCUUACAAACUGAUCCGGGACAGCCCGGAUGCCGUGGAGGUCACGGGCCUGCCCGACGACAUCCCGUUCCGGAACCCCAACACGUACGACAUCCACCGGCUGGAGAAGAUCCUGAAGGCCCGUGAGCACGUGCGAAUGGUCAUCAUCAAUCAGCUCCAACCUUUUGCAGAAAUCUGUAAUGACGCCAAGGUGCCAGCCAAAGACAGUAGCAUUCCCAAGCGCAAGAGAAAGCGGGUCUCAGAAGGGAACUCCUUCUCCUCGUCCUCCUCAUCUUCCUCCUCCUCGUCCUCUAACCCGGAGUCCGUGGCGUCCACCAACCAGAUCUCACUCGUGCAGUGGCCAAUGUACAUGGUGGACUACGCCGGCCUGAACGUGCAGCUCCCGGGACCUCUGAAUUACUAGACCUCAGUGCUGAAUCAGGACCUCACUCAGAAAGACUAAAGGAAAUGUAAUUUAUGUACAAAGUGUAUAUUCGGAUAUGUAUCGAUGCCUUUUAGUUUUUCCAAUGAUUUUUACACUAUAUUCCUGCCACCAAGGCCUUUUUAAAUAAGUAAAAA